AUAAUCACAGUACAACUGACCAUAUUCCUGUCCUACAUAAUUCCAAUCCUGAUCGCUGUCGCUUUCCUUACACUAGUAGAACGAAAGAUUUUAAGCUACAUACAAGCUCGAAAAGGACCAAACAUCGUAGGUCCAUUCGGACUUUUACAGCCUAUGGCAGAUGGAGUUAAACUAUUUAUCAAAGAACCCAUCAAACCAUCUACCUCAUCGCCCGUCCUAUUCCUAAUUACACCCAUACUAGCCCUCCUACUAGCAAUCACAAUCUGAGCCCCCCUACCCCUACCCUUCUCACUCACAGACUUAAAUCUGGGAUUUUUAUUCCUCCUAGCAAUAUCAAGCCUCACAGUAUACUCUACCCUAUGAUCAGGCUGAGCAUCAAACUCAAAAUACGCCCUAAUUGGCUCCCUACGAGCCGUAGCACAAACCAUUUCCUACGAGGUUACCCUAGCCAUUAUCCUCCUAUCAGUAAUUAUCCUAAGUGGAAACUACACGAUAACUACCCUAGCCAUCACCCAAGAACCAAUAUACUUGGCCUUCUCCUCAUGGCCCUUAGCAAUAAUAUGAUUCAUCUCUACACUCGCUGAAACUAAUCGUGCCCCAUUUGACUUAACCGAAGGAGAAUCCGAACUAGUAUCAGGCUUCAAUGUAGAAUAUGCUGCAGGUCCAUUCGCCCUAUUCUUCUUAGCAGAAUACGCAAACAUCAUAUUAAUGAAUACACUAACCACUAUCCUAUUUUUUAACCCCAGCAGCAUUAACUUGCCCGAUGAAAUAUUCCCAAUUAUCCUCGCCACAAAAACAUUACUCCUCUCCUCAAUCUUCCUAUGAAUCCGAGCUUCAUAUCCACGAUUCCGAUAUGACCAACUCAUACAUCUCUUAUGGAAAAACUUCCUACCCCUCACACUAGCACUCUGCCUUUGACACACUAGCAUACCUAUUAGCUACGCAGGUCUCCCUCCUUGUCUAAGG